CCCUGAACUUGUACUUAAUACAAUAAUUUAUAAUGCAAAUAGUUAAGUGAAAUUGGUAAGGAUAGUUUAAUUUCAGAAUAAUUAAAGAAAGGGAAACAAUUUCCAGAAAAACGAUAAAUUGAAAACAUGCUGAAGAUACUAUGCACAUAUCUAAUCGACGUUUUUUAACUGCGAAUUUCUUGUGAACUUGUGAAAUGCCAUCUAUCGAGGCAAGUGGCAUAUUCAAAAAGUUCAAUAAACAAUAAUUUUCAAAAGUCUUUUUGUCAUGUUUUAAAUACGUCUCAGGAUCACUUGGGACGUUUUUCAAUACAAAAUCGUAAAGACGUCUUUAGAUGAAGUCUUAAAGAUGUUUCUAGGACAUCCUUUGGAAAAUGAUUUUAAAGACGUCUUAAGAGUGACACUUUUGGGCUGCUUUUUAAACGUGCGUGUUGUCUAAAGAAUAUCAUUUCGCGCGGUAUGCUAAAUAUCCCGCGCGUGAGAAAUCGACUGUCAUAUAAUGUCAAUGGACCAAAUAUGGCAAACUCAGCAAACCAUUCCCACUCUUGCUAAUCUUGUCACUCUACCGCGUCACAUCGGCGCGCACACGACGUGCAUCACGAUGCGGCCAGUGGCGGGCUGCGCCAUGAUAAUGUUUUGUUUACAUCGGGAGCGCAACGAAGACAGCGAUUACGCCAACGGCGAUUAGGAUGCCCGACGAAAAUACGAAUGGGGGAUCAGCGAUUUGUGACCGUGACAGGUACAAAGAAUCUCUGCAAACAUCUAAACAUAUAUCGUCGGAAGAAAAAUUUAAUAGUUUUCCAGAUAAAGAACAAUAUUACUAUUAUUGUCAAGAUAUAAAUGAGAAAGAUAAAUAUACUCCAGAUCUUCAGUAUGGUGUGAGGUGUCACAAUUCUUCUAUUGUUUCCAGCAAUGGACUACACAUAUUUGACAUUGCGCCACAAUGGGCGCUAUCGGAUCAUUUUAUGCGGUGGAUCAAUGUUCAAACAUUGGUAGCACAUAAUAACGAGCAAGACAUAGAUGACUCGUAUUAUAAGACGAAAGAUACCACGGAAGCUAUUAAUUUAAACUUGAUAUAUCCUAUAAAGUUAUCAUCAACAGUACGACACAAUGAUAGGAUAGUGAAUUCUAAUGUACUGACUAGUACAGUUAAUGAAUCACUAUCCGAACAAACGAAAACCCUGCAGAAGGAACAAAAGAAUAGGCUGGAUAACUGCCAGAAGGAUUACGGUGAGGGAACAAAAUCUAGCUUGCUAAAUACCACUAAAACGACGGAUUCGUUUGUGAAGAAUACAAGCAGAAUUUUAUCUGAAUCACAAAAAGAAAUUUAUCACGAUACAAAUAUUAAAUUGUUGAGUUGUUUGUCAAAACAUUCAAUUGACACGCAAAAUAUUGCCGAACUAAAAGUUACGUCGGACAAUAUUGAGCACAAUAAAGAAGCUUGUGAUCCCGAUUGCACCACUUCUGUAGCAGAUAACGAGCCACUUAAUUUAGUAAUAAAUUCGGAAGAAAGUAUACGCAGCCAUACCUACAGUAAGACAAGGAAUCGACUCUGCAAUUAUCCGCAUUCGUUAAGUGUCGAUAAGGAGACACUUUCAGUAGACGGUGCCAUUUUAAGACAAUUAGAUCAUUCCUCCAAUGUACAGAGUUUUUGUAACGCAAAGUACAAGAAAGUAGAUUAUGGCUUAUUGAAGCUUUCUGAUUUAAAUGAGUUGUCAUGUAAUUCGGACAAAGGUAAAGAAUUGUUUAAAACCAUCGGCAAACUGCAUGCCAGUAGUAGUGAAGUAAAUGGAAAGAUCGUAACGAAUGGUGAUUUGAAGCAAGAGAGUGAGCAAAUUUUGGAUAAAUACGUCACGCAUGUAUUACCAUCACGCUUAAGUGAGAAUAAAGCAAAAACAUCGGCUUGGAUACAGUUACAAUCGAAUGUCAAAUGUAAUAACAUCAAAAAAGAGUAUUGCAGUGAGGAAGGAAAACAUAAAUCAGAAAGUACCGAUCUAGUGACCGUCUGCAACUCAAGAUUAAACAAUUGGGCGUGUUUCGAAAUGUCAGGACAGUAUCCAGGUCAUAGCCGACCACCGGUUGGCACACCUCCACCACAAACUGUCUGGAAUCAUCUCACUAUGACGCAGGGUCAAGCUCUCAAUAUCCACCCGACGGCAUUAUCCGGUCCCGCUUUAAGUCCAGCCGGAUUCUACACGCAUCCAUCCAUGGCACGGACAUCCCAUCUGCCGUCUCAACUCACUCCGCAACUCGCUCAUACGCAAGCACCACCGACGUGGCAUACACCCACGGUCCCUUCAAAAAGCGUUACGCCGGCAAACACGCCGGGUAAUCCUUUGUUCAGUUUACAAAUGCUGGUAGACAAUCGGCAAAAUCAAAAUCAGUACAGAAACUCACCUGGCUCCCAAAGUACUUUAGAUCUCUCGUCUACGUCAGAGAUUAUUCCGGAGAAUUAUUCUCGAAUACCUCAGGAUAUUCCCAUCAGUUUAACCGCGAGAAAUGUAGAUAAGGGCAGUCGAAACGGGAACAUAAUCUCACCGCCGAUACCGCUCAACGGGGAGACCUCGUCGGACAGUGGAAUCAGCUCAUCCGUACCGACGCCGAACCCUGUUACUGAACCAGUUUCACUAUCGACGAAAGAGGUCACCACUCCUAAGAUAUCGGUGAAAAACUUUGACAAUCUAAAAGGAGUCGCGAAUCUUCAUGAUAAGAUUAAGGAAAUGAAUGUAGAUAAUUUUACGCAGAAAGUGAUAAAUUUGCCGCCUAGUGUAACGAUAGAGAGGGUACUUGCGGAUAAGAAAGAGCCUGAAGCUUCUGUGAAAACUAAGGAUACAUUAAGUGUAAUCGCGCAAAUGCCAAGGAACUUACCUGUUAUAGUCAAUUUCUCUAAAACGGAGAAAGAUGUUACGGAUAGUCCUAAAAGAGAAUCUUCGUCUGAAAGAGAUAGAAAGCACGAGGAGACGAGCGUGAGGUCACCUAAGAACUUGCCUAAAAGAGGCAAAAAAGGUGUCGAUUCUCUAUUGGAAAAACUGGAAGGUGGAAAUAAAAAGCUCGGGAGUGCCGAGAAUAUCGGUUCGGUAAUUGUAAUGCCGGUGGAAGAAAGGGAUACAUCCAGCGUUAAAAGUAUGUCGCCGGAGAGACAAAAAUCGAAAUCACCAAAUCGGGAAGAUGAAGUUGUGUCACCAGCUUUUAGCAAUGACGACUCGAAUGAUAACACCAAACAACGCAGAAAACGAAAAUUAGAAAAACCUGUGAGAUUAAGCAAGGACUCGAAAACGGAAGUCGAGGACAUGGAACUCGAGCCCACGGAACCCACGGAACCAAGGACUAUCGAUCCAUUAUUGGAAGAAACGACGAGUUCCACAGCUGACGUCAAGAUAGAAGAGCAGAUUGCCAAAGGUGCGGAGGAAAGAAUAUCGGACAAGGCAGUGGUGGACGAGAUCACGGAGGAAAGGUCGGAGGAGAGUCAACCAAUUCGAAGGCGGAGUAGUAGCGAGAAUAUUACAGCUAGUAACGCGACAUCGACAAAUCAGAGGACACGAAGAAAAUCCAGCGAAGAUGCGUUGUCCGAAUUUCCGAAGGUGACAAGUCCAAAGGAUACGAGUAACGCGAUGAUGACGACGUCGACGACGUCGACGACGAUAGCAUCAACGACAACGACGGCGAUAACAAUGGUGACGACGGCGGCAGCGACGACGGCAACGAAUCCUUUCGUCGAAGUUGAGUCAGAAUUGGCGAAAAUGUUCGCUGGCAUCGUAGAAGCGGAUCCGGAGGUGAAAAAUGAAGAAUCAAAAGCGGAACUCGCGAGCGCGCAAAUUCAAGACGAUAACGCCACCGUGAAAUUCGAAGGUCUCGACAAUAAUAUUCUGCCAAUGACCGAUUCUCAAAACGUUCAGAGUAAUCCCAUCGACGUUUCAUCCACAGUAGAUACGAAACUAUCGGGGAGGAAAGGUAAAAAGGGCAAAAUGCAGGGUAGCAAAAGAAAGAUCUCCAGGUCGACAGAAAAUAUCUUUGGCACAACGGAUGAUUCUCCACUGAAAGAGACAAAGAAGAGGCGGACGUCCAAAGGCUCGAAGAAACAGGAUCAAGCUUCGAAGAAAACGAAGAAGAACAUCAAAAUCGAUGGCCUGAGGGAGAUGGCUUAUGAUUCUGGUUCGAAUGCGAGUUCGAUCAGGUCACGAGGGCCAGUGGUUCACGUGGAAGGGCCCAGGGAUAGUCCAUUGAGUAUCCAAGUGGUUAACGCACCACGAGAGGAAGAGGAGGAGAAGAGCAAAGAGAAACGGAAAAGCGUUGGCAAUGGAAACGGAGGCCGAAGCAAGAGGCUCAGUCAUCAAAACGAUUUGGAUUACAGGGGUAAAGUCAGUAGAGCCGGUCUCUUUAGUUCAACCUUGUCUUCGCGAUACGAUGCGCACACCACGGACUCAACCUGGGUCUGCGUAUUUUGCAAACAAGGUCCCCAUUCCGUUAUUCCCGGAGAUCCAUCCAGGCCACAUCCGAAUUUGGCCGGACCGCAUAUCGCAACUGGAACGUACACGGUUCCAGCUGGCGUGUUAAGUGACUUAUUUGGACCAUACUUGAUCGGCAAAGAGCGAUUGGAGGAUGGUAUUUUAUCGGCUGACGAGCAAGAAAUCACGACGGAACAGAAGAAAGGCGGCAAGAAUAAGAGGAGCUUGAGGUACGCGGGUCUGGCAGAUCAGUUCUCUGCGAAGAUGGGAAAGAAGAAGCGGAAUUCCGUGGAAAGUAAUACAAACGCCAUUUUUACGGGUAUGACUCUGCAUCCUGGCGGGGAGGAACAACGGUGGGAGGUAUGGCUCCACGAGCAGUGCGCAGUAUGGGCGGCUGGGGUAUACAUGGCGGGUGGCAGAGUAACAGGACUUCAAGAAGCGGUGUGGGAUGCUGCCAAAUCAGUAUGCGACUCUUGUGGUCUGACAGGCGCGAAUAUCGGUUGCGUGAAACGUGGCUGUAAGGCUGUCUCGCAUUAUCCGUGCGCACUCACGAAAGGUUGGCACCUCGACACAAAUCAGUACAUACCUAAGUGUAAUCUUCAUCGAGUUACGUGAAACUCCGGUGAGUCUAUGAGCAUAGGCUAAUAUGGAAGUAGGUCGUAUUCACAUUAUAUCACACUGAGAUCCGGCUUUAAUUAGAUGCACCGAAUAAUGGGCAAUAAUGUAAGAGACUAGUAUAUAAAUCCGUUUAUGACUGAAGAUAGCCUUACUAGUUAGUAAGGUAUGUUCUAGUUAAUAAAGGAGCAAAACAUCCUCAUGCGACAAAAUUGAUCUGUGUAUAGUUAUGUCGUUAUCGGAACGUAACAAUACGCGCGAAAGAGUAAUCGACGUGACAAACAAAUAGAUGAAAUUUAACAUUCAAACAUAUUGUUUUAUAUAUUUUUUCCGUUCCAAUAGAUAUAAAUCUAUUUUCUUAUUUGACGAUGAAUUGAGAUGGUGCGACCAUAAGAUGUUUUGAAAUUUUGAGGUUACUCUUUAUGUUAUUUGACGCGUAAAUGUAUUUGGAGCAUGAAAAUAUAAAUGGGAGAACAUACCAAUUUUCAGAUAUCACUUUUAGAAUCAAUAUGCUCGAAAAGAACAGCUUCCAAUGUACAAGAUGUUUAAAUGGGACCGCUCUUAACGCUAGAAGUACCGAACGAUCGUUUCUGAUCAUUUCUAUUUUUUAAAUUAAUGUAUCUCUUUUCAUAAGUAAAGAUAUUAUGUUAGAAUUUUCUAGCUUUUUAUUUUGAUGGAAUAUUAUAUUGUUAAAAUCUGAAAAAUAUUUAAAAAACAGAAACUGUCAGAAAUGACCGUUUGGUAGAUUUAGUAUUAACAGUCUCUGAGAAUUAUGGAAAGAAAAAUAGCGAAUGAAAGUGAAAAAAAGAAAAUAGAUGUUCUCGAUAAUUGAAUUUAAUUGAUUUUCUUGGCCUGUGUGGCCUUGAAUGGUGGCCUUUUCGACUUAAUAUAAAAAGCAAGAUUUUUCUUUAAUUUCGAAUUUAUAGAAUAGAUGGAUCGUUAACGUGGAACAAUGAUAAUCAAAAAUGCAGAUAUUGCUUUUUUACUCAUAUUUAUGAAAACAUAAAGAUAUUACAAAUUUUCUUAACAACAUCAUGUACGCAGGAAUACACAAAUAGGGCAUAUUGCAUUUAAUGCUAUCGAAUUAUGUAAAAUUGUAUGACAGUCAACAAAAAUCAGAGUAUAAAUACAGUAAGACGUGUAAGUCUAUAACAUAAGCGAGAAUUGAACAUUCUCUUUUCUUUUUCGCAAAGAUUGAGCAUGAUCAUGUGAGGCAAGUGUUCUCUGAUGGAUGUAAAAAAUAAACUCUGUAAAUACAAAAAGAA